GUAGAAAGACACAAAGGACCUUUUUCUUCUAUCAUCUCUCUUCAAUUUCCUCCUCUCUCCAAACGAUCUGGAUUCCUACGAUGGAACACCCAACUCUCAGACCCUUCUUUUUUCUUCUUUUUAUCUAUUCUUAUUUUGGAUCUCUUCCAUUUUAUCAUCUCAUUUCUUUCAUUAUAUUUGGUGGGUUUUCUGUGGCAUAGCAAAAAUUAA